UCUCUCCAAACACUUACAACAACAAGAACAACAACAUAGUAUUCAAAAAUCCUUAACGUUCUUGAAAAUGUCAAGUGGCUUCUUGAUUUCAUGUGUUCUGUUUACUCUGUUUGUGUCAUCCACUUAUGCUCAAUCAUGCACAAAGUACAACUUCACAAGCAACAACCAAAUGUUGUUCACUUCAUGCAGUGAUCUUCCAUAUUUGAACUCAUUCCUUCACUGGAAUUAUAACCCUUCUUCAAAAACCGCGAAAAUUGCCUAUCGACACACAAAACUUGCCUCCAAUAGAUGGGUGGCAUGGGCUAUAAAUCCAACUUCACAAGGUAUGGUUGGUUCACAAGCACUUGUUGCAUAUCAAAAAUCAGAUGGGAAAAUGAGAGUUUAUACAUCACCUAUUACUAGUUAUCAGACACAGUUACAAGAAGGGGAUUUGAGUUUCAAUGUCUCUAAUUUAUCAGCUACUUAUUUGAAUAAUGAAUUCACUAUUUUUGCUACUUUAAAGCUUGAGAAUUUUAACUCUACAUUUGUGAACCAAGUUUGGCAAGAAGGUCCACUUUCUGGAGAUUCUCCAGCAAUGCAUGAUACUUCCAUUGCUCAUGCUCAAUCUGCUGGACUUCUCAGCCUUCUUUCUGGACAAUCUAGGACUACUACAAAAGGAGCAAGCUCAUCACUUAACAAGAAAAAUUUUCACGGACUGCUAAAUGCAGUGAGUUGGGGGAUUAUGAUGCCUAUUGGUAUCUUGUUUGCAAGAUACUUAAGGGUGUUUUCAGACCCUGCAUGGUUUUACCUUCACUCUAUUUGGCAAAUCACAGCUUAUGUUAUUGGUGUUGCUGGCUGGGCUACUGGUCUCCAACUUGGGAGUGAGUCCCAUGGUAUUCAAUAUACUGCUCAUAGAACCAUUGGCAUUGUCCUGUUUUCCUUGGCCACUCUCCAGGCCACUGCUAUACUUCUAAGGCCAAAAAGGGAUCACAAGCACAGGAUCUACUGGAACAUUUACCACAGAUCAGUUGGUUACUCAAUUGUUGUUCUGGGAAUUAUCAAUAUAUUCAAAGGUUUGAACAUAUUGAAACCUGAGAAGAAAUGGGAAACAUCUUAUAUUGCAACACUAGUUGGUCUAGGAAUCAUUGCUGCAUUCUUGGAGGUUAUCACGUGGUGUGUGGUUAUUAAAAGGAACAAGUCUGUAAAUAGUACUGUUGAGAAGAAUCCACAAGGUCUUCAUGAAGCAAAUUGGUAUAAUGGCAAUGGAAAUGGAACUACAGGGACACAUUACAGAGUUUAGAUACCUGUUUGUCUACAUAUGUACUUCAUACUUGGACAUGAUGCCAGAGGAAUACUUAGAUUUAGAGCAUCAUGGGAACUUUGGUUUUCCUUUUUUUUUUUCCUUCCUUUCCCGGUUUGGGUUUAGUUUCUUGAAUUUGUUGUUGAUAUUUACAUAUGUAAUUCAUUCCUCCUUAUGCACUUUAUAGCAGGGUGUUCUUUCUUCUCUUUGUAUGUUCCUCAGUGUUUUAUCUUAUUUUCUUGGGUCA